UAGUGGGUGUCGUCUGUCGUGUGUAAUUCGUGUGGUAAGUGUCGUGCAGGUAGCAGUGCUCAAUUUUAUUUUACCGUUUAUUUACUUUCUGGGUCUUUUUCUCACCGUUUCUAGUCUUUUCGAUGGUCCAAGAGCCAGGAAGAUGAUAGAAGGAUCCCUCUGCUUCACAUGCGUUUGUUGCACGCAUUUGUCACUUGCCACGAAGAAGCACUGGAUGCAACAGUACAACGUACUAAAGGCCAUAGUGGCCUAAACGUGCUAAAUGACUUGUGUGGAUAGCACUUGUAGGCCUUUCCCACUACUAACACGUUUUUAGCAUUGUCAUGCUAAUUCUUCGUUAUUGCAGCUAUAAAAUCUUGGGGUGAGGUUUAGUUCUGCUCCAACAAACAAUGGCCUCCAAGCAGAUGGUACAUAUGAAUCAGGGACAAGGGGAAACAAGCUAUGCUCGCAACUCUAGUAUUCAGUUUGCAUUGGCUCUCAAAGGUUUGAGUGUGAUACUGCUUGAUCGAUCAAUCCAUUACAUUAUACUAGUCGACUCUCUAAGCAAAAAAUUAUCUAUGCAGGCUCCUGAAGAUCUAUUCAGGAAUCUCAUCCCAGCAUACGACAUGGACAAGGAUGCUAGGCGUCAAAGACACCGUUUAGUGCUUGAGGCUUAUGCAAAACAGUUUAGAAAAGAUUUCACAAAUUUCCUGAAGCUGAGAGCCAAAGAAUUGGUCUCAAAAGGCCGAAUGGUUGUUUCCCUAGUAGUGAGGCGUUCUGAUGUAACCGCCACCAAAUUCUCUUACCUUUCAAGGACUAUAUCUCAGAUUCUAAGUGUCAUGGUCUCAGAGGGUGUGAUCGACAAAGAAAAGUUCGAUUCUUUUUAUGUGCCAGUGUAUGAACCUUCUAGUAAAGAGGUGAGAGAGACCAUUGAAGAAGAGGGCUCCUUUUCAAUCAAGGAGAUGCAAGUGCAUGACCCUACAACCGAUAUGAACAAUGCUCUCAGCACCCCAAGCAAGUUCGUCAACCUCUUGAGAGCUUUAUGUGAGCCGAUAUUAGUCCAACAUUUUGGAGAUGUCAUGUAUGAAUUUGUGAGCGCCGCGGAGCGUCACUGGAGCCUGGAGGGCAACUUGUUAGGUCCUUAUGCUAUGUUGGCCAUAUCCCUUGCAAAGGCAUGAUGGUCAUGUACAUCAA